AUGCAGCAGAUGUGCGACGCCCUUCAUGACGGUUCUCUGGGCAUCGAUCUAAACAUUGAUCUUGAGCAGGUGAAUAGUGUUGAGCCCACCGUCCCAUAUUCAGAUGUCGCGAUGGAAAAGCCAGUUGAGGAUGGAGCCUAUCAUGAUGUAGGUUUCGAGGAACGGGGGUGUGCUCCUGUACCAAGUUUCUCGAAACCCGAUGCUGGAUUAUUAACCGACAUGCUGGCUGAACAGACUGCCAGAGGAACCGUGAGACCAUACUUUGGGACUGAUUCAGUAGCGGACCAGCCACUUGGGCCGAUACCCUUAUGA